AUGCUUCAGCAGGUUAAUGGCCACAUCCUGGGCUCUGAUGCCCAAACUGAAGAACCCCUCAAAGGAGAGCUGCAGGAGUUUCUGGAUGGGGAAACCCUGCUGCACCAGCUCGAUGACCUCACCAAGGUGAAUCCUGUGACACUGGAGACAGUCCUGAGAUGCCUGCAGGCUCGGUACACAAUAGACACCUUCUACACCAAUGCUGGCUGCACCCUAGUGGCUCUGAACCCCUUCAAGCCGGUCCCUCAACUCUACUCUCCAGAGCUGAUGAGAGAGUACCACACUGCGCCUCAGCCUCAGAAACUGAAGCCCCACGUCUUCACUGUGGGUGAACAGACCUACAGGAAUGUCAAGAGCCUGAUCGAGCCAGUUAACCAGUCUAUUGUUGUCAGUGGAGAGAGUGGUGCUGGAAAGACAUGGACAUCUCGCUGCCUAAUGAAGUUCUAUGCCGUGGUGGCCUCCUCACCUGUGUCCUGGGAAAGCUACAAGGUCGCAGAGAGGAUUGAACAGCGGAUCCUAAACUCCAACCCUGUCAUGGAAGCUUUUGGGAAUGCAUGCACGCUGAGGAAUAACAACAGCAGUCGUUUUGGGAAGUUCAUCCAGCUGCAACUGAACAGGGCUCAACAGAUGACUGGAGCUGCAGUCCAGACUUACCUACUAGAGAAAACUCGAGUAGCCUGCCAGGCCUCCAGUGAGAGGAACUUCCACAUCUUCUACCAGAUCUGCAAAGGAGCCAGUGCAGACGAGAGGCUACAGUGGCAUCUUCCUGAGGGAGCCACCUUCUCCUGGCUGCCCAACCCAGAGAGGACUUUGGAAGAGGAUUGUUUUGAUGUGACCAGAGAGGCCAUGCUCCAUUUGGGCAUCAGCACCCUGACCCAGAACAACAUCUUUAAGGUCCUAGCGGGGCUGUUGCACCUUGGCAACAUGCAGUUCGCUGACUCAGAGGAUGAAGGCCAGCCCUGCCAGCUGAUGGACUAUGCCACAUGCGCUGUCAGCACAUCGGCCUCACUGCUGUGGCUGCCCGAGGACACACUGCUGGAGACUCUGCGAAUCAGAACCAUCAGAGCAGGCAAGCGGCAGCAACAGGUGUUCCAGAAGCCCUGCUCCCGAGCCGAGUGUGACACCCGCAGGGACUGUCUGGCCAAACUGAUCUACGCACGGCUCUUUGACUGGUUGGUAUCAGUGAUCAACAGCAGCAUCUGUGCAGACCCCAACUCAUGGACCGCUUUCAUAGGCCUGCUGGAUGUGUACGGAUUUGAAUCAUUUCCUGACAACAGUCUGGAGCAACUGUGCAUCAACUACGCCAACGAGAAGCUACAGCAGCACUUCGUGGCUCACUACCUAAGGGCUCAGCAGGAAGAAUAUGCAGUUGAGGGCCUGGAGUGGUCAUUUGUCAACUACCAGGACAACCAGGGCUGUUUGGAUCUCAUUGAGGGGAGCCCAAUCAGCAUCUGCUCCCUCAUAAAUGAGGAGUGCCGCCUUAAUCGGCCAAGCAGUGCAGCCCAGCUCCAGACACGCAUUGAGACUGCCUUGGCAGGCAGCCCUUGCCUAGGCCAGAACAAGCUCAGCUGGGAGCCCAGUUUCAUCGUGGUGCACUAUGCAGGGCCCGUGUCCUACCAUACUGCCGGCCUGGUAGAGAAGAACAAGGAUCCCAUCCCCCCUGAGCUGACCACACUCCUACAGCAGUCCCAGGAUCCUCUGCUCAAGGUGCUAUUUCCUACUAAUCCCAAGGAGAAGUCCCAAGAGGAGCCCUCUGUCCAGAGCAGGGCCCCCAUGUUGACUGUGGUGUCCAAGUUCAAGGCCUCCCUGGAGCAGCUUCUACAGGUCCUGCAUAGUACCACACCCCACUACAUUCGCUGCAUCAAGCCCAAUAGCCAGGGCCAGGCGCAGACCUUUGUCCGGGAGGAGGUCCUGAGCCAGCUGGAGGCCUGUGGUCUCGUGGAAACCAUCCACAUCAGUGCUGCUGGCUUCCCUAUCCGGGUCUCUCAUCAGAACUUUGUGGAACGAUAUUCACUGCUGAGACGGCUUCGCCCUCGUGCAUCCCCUGGCCCCCACGGCCCAUCUCCUGCCAAAGCGCACUCAGAAGGGCGCCCUCACACCGAGGAGACCACACUGCAGCUGCGCCUCCAGGACAUCCUCCACACUCUGCCAGCUGUAACUUGGUCAGCAGCCACACCUGGUGACCCAGUUGAGGCCACGCCAGCCCCAGUACACUGUGGCAGGACCAAGGUGUUCAUGACUGACUGCAUGUUGCAGCUUCUGGAACGCGGGCGCACUCAGGUGCUGGGGCAGUGUGCUCGAUGCAUCCAGGAUGGCUGGAGGCGACACCUGCGCCGUAAGCAGGGCAGGCAGAGGCGGGCUGCUGUGCUCAUGCAAGCAGCCACUCGCUCCUGGUUAACUCGGAAGCGCAUCCAGAGGCUGCACACAGCUGCCACCGUCAUCAAGCGUGCAUGGCAGAGGUGGAGAAUCAGGAUGGCCUCCCUUGCUUCUAAAGAACUGGAUGGUGCGGAGGAAAAACACUUGUCUGGAGAUCUCCAUUCCCUGAGCUCCACCUCAUUGCCUCCAGCGCAGACCAGGCUCCUGGGGGCAAUAAUCCGCCUGUGGCCCCUGGGACUGGUCUUGGCCAACUCAGCCACAGGUGUGCGUGGCUUUCAGAGGCAACUGGUGGUCUGGGCCUGCCUCCAGCUUCCCUCCGGAAGGUCCAGCAGCUACACCGUCCAGACCGCACAACAGGAUCACGCUGGUGUCACAUCUGUACGAGCGCUGCCUCAGGGUUCGAUAAAGUUUCACUGCAGAAAGUCUCCACUCCGCCAUGCUGACAUCUGCCCUGAACCUUCACCCUACAGUGUUACUGGCUUUAACCAGAUUCUGCUGGAAAGACACAGGCUGAUCCAAGUGUGA